CCCGGCCGGGCUAACGGUCGCGGCGCUGCGUGGGCCCUGCCCUGUCCGCCGGCCCGGGGCGAGGAGAGACGCUAACUUUCCAGAACAGUUCACUUUUGAUCUGAGUCCAAAUAUGGAGAACUUUCUCUCCAAGGAUUUCUAACAGGUUUUUGUAAUUACAAAAUAGUAACUUUGUAGGAUGUCAGGGAAAGAUUUGGGUGUGGAUGUUUACAAGAUGAACCGACGAUAUCAUAUAAAGAGCAAGGAAACCAAAGCCCCAAAUGAAUCCUUAAGAAGCCCUCGCACCUAUCCCAACUUCUGGGUGAAAAGCCCUGAUCUUGGAGGUAGAACUUCUGGAUUAACCAACAAAAACUUCUUAUUUUGUGAGCAAACUAAACAGUUCUUUACUAGUCGUGAGAAUGGUUCAGGAGAUGCUAGCUCUCAUUGCAAGAGUGGAGUGGCGAAUGACUUGAACAAGGAAGAGUUUGGAUCAAAGAUGAGCCAGGGAACACUAACAGGAAACUCAGUGGAAAGCAUAAGUGGUAGAAGUAGUUUGCUGUUAACACCUUCAACUAAGGAGGAAAAUGCUGUUGCUGGUCCAAACCUAAUCCAGAGCUCCAAUUCUGACUUGCUUCACACAAAGCAGAAGAAGAUACAGAAUUUCCCUGAGAAUAUUUUAUCUAUAAGCUACGAUUCAAAACUAUUUAAUUCGUUAACGCCGUCCCCUCGGAUGACUACUUGCCAUCAUUGCGGUCUGUAUGGAGACCUGAGAUGUUCUCAAUGUAAACAGACAUAUUAUUGUUCUACAGACUGCCAGAAGAAAGAUUGGUCUGCACAUGGUAUUGUAUGCAAGCCAAUUAAACAAAAUUUAAAGAAAAGUGAAGAUAAUGCCAAGUUGCCUGGUGAAAUUAAGAAUAAAAUUGAUUUUAAGGGCAGUUUACCUCCUGUUGAUGCACACAAGAUAGAUGACGACAUCAAGAAAAUAAUGCUUUCUGAUCUGCAAAACCUAGGGCUCAAAAAAGCUAUGGAAAUACAGGGUACAGUCACAGAAUUCAGGAACCCAAGUGAAUUUUAUAUACAGGUCUAUUCUCCAGAAGUUUUAGAACAUAUCAGCAAACUUACUGUGAAACUAAAAGAUUGUUAUGCAAAUAUUGUUAACCAAGAGGAAUAUAUUCCUAUCAAAGGGGAAGUUUGUGUUGCAAAAUAUUCUCUGGAUCAGACCUGGAACAGAGUACUGGUAAAAAAGGUGGAUAUCUUGCAGAAGAAAGCACAAGUGUUAUAUAUCGAUUAUGGCAAUGGAGAAGAUGCUCCACUAGAUUGGAUUAAACCACUCCACAAAGACAUCGAACUGUUUCCUCCCUGUGCCAUUAAGUGUUGUGUUGCUAAUGUUGUUCCAAAACAAGGAGGAUGGAACAAAGACUGUGCUAACAUUAUUACCCCUCUGCUCGUGGGACAGUACUGUUCGGUGACUGUUGUUGACCUAUUACAGGAGGAGAUGAUGACUUGUUUCGCUGUAGAUGUUGUCCUGACAGGUUCUGGGAAACACCUAGAUAAAAUACUUCUCGAAAUGGGGCAUGAAUUGAGUCCAAAGAGGAAAGAAACUAAGAAAAUGAACCCAGAUACAGGUACUGUGUUACAAAAGGAUUCUGAGGGAGAAAGAGAAAAAACAGCUGAAGAUGAAGAACUGGUUCACAAUAGUGAUUUAGCCAUAAAGGUUUUUUCCGUAUCCGUGGGAGAUACAUUUUCUGGUGUAGUUGCCCAUAUUCAAACGCCAGAAGACUUUUUCUGUCAGCAGAUUCAUAAUGGCCGCCAGCUUGCUGAGCUUCAAGUAUCCUUGGGUGAAUACUGUAACACAAUCCCCACUAUCCCAAAUUUCUGUCCAGCUGCUGGAGAAGUCUGUUGUGCCCAGUUCACAGAAGACAAUCAGUGGUAUCGUGCCUCCGUUCUAGCAUAUACCUCUGAAGAUACUGCUUUAGUGGGCUACAUAGAUUAUGGUAACUUUGAAGUUCUCCAAGUGGCUAGGCUUCGCCCUAUGAUCCCAAAAUUAUUGGAGUUGCCAGUGCAAGCUAUAAAGUGUACGCUAGCAGGUGUGAAGCCCCCAUCAGGAGCCUGGUCCUUGGAAGCUAUCUCUCUGAUGAAACAACUAGUGCAAAAUAAAAUGAUCACUAUAAGAGUGGUGGACAAAAAAGAGAAUAGCUCUGUUGUAGAGAUUGCAGAUGAAUCUGUUACUCCAAUAAUAAAUGUAUCUAAACAUCUUUUAGAAUCAGGCUAUGCAGUGAAAGAUUCCAAGGAUGUCUUGACAAUAAAUGAAACUGUUAACACUGUGAAGGAAGUAAAUGCUGUAGGAGAAACAAUAAAUAAAAUGGAUUGUACAUGGGUUAAGCUGACUCUUAAACAGAUAUUAAAUGUCAUGCUGUGUACGGUGAACAAUCCGGGAGACUUCUUCUGUCAGAUCUUCAAAGAUGAUGACUUAGUUGCUCUAAAUGUACUCAACAAGUCAUUGGCAGAAUACUGCCAGCAGAUUUCAACUCGUGUUUUCAAGCCUUCAAAGGGAGAACCUUGCUGUGCUUUUUUCUCUGGUGAUGGUAACUGGUACCGUGCUUUGGUAAAAAAAAUCUCUUCAGAUGGAGCUAUUAAAGUGCAAUUUGUGGAUUAUGGAAAUGUUGAGACAGUAACUCCAGAUAAACUUCGACAGAUCUCAUCAACAUUCCUAAAACUUCCAUUUCAAGGAAUUAGGUGUUGGUUAUCAGGUGUAAAGCCUGUUAACAAGGAAUGGCUCCCAGAAGCCACAGCAAGAUUUCAGAUGUGCACUGCAGGAAUUAAACUUCAAGCCAGAGUAGUUGCUUUCAACAAAAGUGGUGCUGGAAUAGAGCUCAUUGAUAAUUCCACAGGUUGUCCAAGAAUAAUCAGUGAAAUUUUAAUUAGUGAAAAAUUGGCUUUAAAGGAAGGUCUGCCAAAUAAAGAUGGGCUACCAAAUACAUCUGCUGAGAAAGUAGAGCCUCGAGAAACCUCUUGUGAGCAGUGGCAGACAAUAGAAUUGCCUAUCAAUGAAACUGUGUCAGUCCGUGUAAUGGAAGUGAUAAGCCCAGACUUGUUUUAUGCUCUACCAAGUGAAACCAGAGUAGAUCAAGAGAAGUUGCGUAGAUUGAUGAUUGAACUGGUAGAAUAUUGUGACACUCAGAACAGUCACUCCUUCAGACCAAAAGUCGGUGAAGCCUGUUGUGCCAAGUUUGCAGGGGAUGGCCAUUGGUACAGAGCUAUCGUUCUGGGAGUUUCUCAGUCUGAGGUGAAGGUAGCAUAUGCAGACUAUGGAAACACCGAAACUCUACCAUUCUCUAGAGUGCUGCCGAUCACUGCACAUUACUUGAAGCUCCCUUUUCAGAUAAUUAAGUGUUCGCUUGCAGGAAUCAUGGAAUGGUCUCCAUUAAUAAUAGAUUUGCUAAAAACAUUAAUAUUGAAUAAGUGUGUCAUGAUCACAGUAAAAGGGAUCAAUGAGAAUAUUCAUGCGGUAUCUGUGGAGAAGUGUUUUGAAAACAGCAGUCUAAGUAUAGCCGACAAAUUAGUAAUGGAAGGUUUAGCCAAAUAUAGCAACUCUGGAAAUCAAAGUAUUCUACACCAAGUAGCCCAUGCAAAUGAGGCUAGUUGCUGUUGCACAGAAUUAAAAAAGCAAAUUGAAAAACAUGAACAGAUCCUCCUCUUUCUUUUAAAUAAACAUGAGGCUCAAGAUAAGUGUAGUGAAAUGAAAAAAUUAUUACAACACUAAAUCUUUUAGGCAUGAUGUGUGUGUUAUACGCUUAGUUAGACCUGUAACACUGUGUUGCCAAUGUUAAUGCAAUUGCUGCUGCUCACUGCUCUUAUUCCUAGAAUAGUGGUGUGUUCAGGAGCAAAAAAAAAGCUUGAUUUCUUUUGUAGAAAUUGUUUUGCUGUUAAAUGCUGUCUGAAUGUAUCUGUAUAUAUGUGAAAUAAGAAAUUGUACAUUUACACUAUCUGGAUCAGAGCAAAGCUAGAUGGAGCCAAGUUAAGACGUGAAGCCUCUGGCUGUUAGUGCAGUUGUUUUGAACGAAGGCCAUACUUUUUCUUAAGCAACUGUUUUUGUAAGAAAACUCUUCACUUGCCAACCAAAAGUAUGGUAGGAGAACUUAGUGAAAACUAUUCAGUUUUCAUUUACAAGAGGGAAAAAUUGGAUUUUUGUCUUAGAAAACUCAGCUUCAUUUUUACAUUUAAUGUAUAGCAAACAUAAAAUUUAAGUUUGAAAUAAAAAUUCAUGUGAAAUUUUAGGUAAAUGAUCUGUCACGAAGAAUUACAGUACAGAUACUACUUUUUUCAUUAGGUCUACUUCAUGUUCUAUGUGUAAUUUACGGUUAGAUUUGUUUAAAAUGGUAUUUUCAACCUUUUAUUUUUCCUUACUGUUUCCUCUUGCUGCGUGAGGUAAUAUGAACAACCAAACUUGAUUUUUAAUUGGCAUGUAAGUUAUCUCUCUUACCUGCAAAAUCGUCCCUUUUCUUCAGAUUGUUAUUCAGCAGUUCGGUUAGGCAUUGUUUAGUGGUUAGAGCAAGGAAUGGGCUCUCAGAACUCUUGGGUUCCCCAUCAGCCUUUGCCACUAAAUUUAGAAAAGUCACUUAACCUCUCCCGCUGUUUAUGCAACUUUAUUUUAUUAAUGGAUAAAGUUCCUGUAUAUGCUCAGAUGCUGUAUCAGUGCACAUUUACCCCCUUCAUUUGAAAGCAUAUAUCACAUUCACAAUUUGGCACCUUUAUUGACAGUCUCAGCAGAUAAACCAAGAGGUCCAUAGCCAUGGAGAUUGAAUUGCUCUCAACUUUAGAGUUAGUUUCCAUGUUUGGUUAGAAACAUGGAAAUGUGUAUUUCCAUUGGUCAUGAGCAUCUGUUUUGUAGAGACAUAAGGACUUCAGUUUAGAGUGCUGCCAAUCUGAUACCUUUCAGGAGCACUGCAGUUAACGUGAAGGAGUUGGAAUUUUUAAACUGUUACUUUGCUUGUGCCACCAGACUUAAUUCUCAUUCCUCUUGAUAAAAUUUGAGAAAAGUUUUGAUUGCCUUAAAAUAGGGGAUUUUUUAAGAUCACUUUGUGUAUGGCAGUAAACUAUUGCUUACUUUUGUAAAUUCAGGAUGUCUAUGAAAAGAGUCAGUGUAGUCCCAGUCCACCAGGUCUAUUAGAAACCUGUUCCUUUCACACACCUCGAUGAUGUAAAAACUCUUGGUGAAUGGUGAAUCGGCAAUGUUCAUAAGUUUGUGUUUUUCCCUAUGCACAGGGUGACUCUUUCACUCAGAAAUAAAUUCCAUUUGAACAGCUAUCAUAUCCAGUCAGACAAUUGGCUUUUAUUUGAAACUGCUUUAUAGCAUUCUCCUUUGCUGGGUGAAAGAUACGGAAAACAUACCCUAGGUUUUCCCCCUCUGUAGUUUUGUGUGUGUGUGUGUGUGACAUACUUAUAUGGACCAGCUGACAGAACUAGAUCCUAUUUUAAUGACAUUAACUUGAGCAUUAUUAAGGAAUAAGUGCAUUUUUGCAUUGUUAAUGUUAUCACUUACAGCUCCCCUCUCUUCCUCUAAAAACAUUUGGCUUCUGGUUAUGAGACUCUGAUGAGUAUGAUAUGACCUGCAAAAUCCAAAAUGUGGCCAAGAAAAUAACACGCUAUUAAUGUUCAGAUGAGUAAGAAGAUAGUACAAUAUAGCCUCACAAAAAAAUGCUUUGGAAGCCAAGGUUAGUAUGUAGCACUUGUAUAGCUUUUAUGUUUUCAAAGCACUUAAACAUUCAGAGCCAGAUGUGUUACAAUUGACUAUUAAUUGUCAAUAAAAAGUUCAGCUUUGGAGAAGUUCAACAUAAGUGUUUGGAGAUUACCUAAAAGGCUUUUUUACAGCCAAGACACAAGUUUGCUUCCUAUAUUUUUUGCUGCAACAGCUACUGACCUCACCAAUAACAAAAACAGAGGGGAGCAACAGUUCCUGUAUGGCAUUAAGGACAAAUUCUGUGUCUGUACGUGGUUCCCAUUUAUGUCAAUAGGAAGUGGUGUAUGCAUGUGUGAGCUGAAGUUGUUUUUAGCUCUUGGUGGAUAAGUAAAGAAGGAAACCAUUUUCUUAAUUUUCUUUAGUUUUAACAUCAUCUCAGAAGCAUGACCAUAUUCCUAACUAACCUCAGUGUCCUGAGGCACCUGAGAUAGCCCAUAGACAGGGACCCUAUCCCAUGAAUUAACAUUCCCUGUCUCCCCAUCCCCCUGUGUUAAUGACUCCCACUUCAAUGAGGGGCUUCUGUACCAUCUGGGUAUCUCUGGUAUCCCAAACCUGUGCCUAUGUCGGGUUACUGGGAUCACCUUUGCUAGACUUCCCUCUGAGGUAAGCCCCCAACCUAUUACACAGUUGUAAGUUAGCCUGUAAUAGAUGUGAAAAGCUGUUGAUCUCUGAGGCAGCUGAGCUAACCGAGCAACUCUGGACGCUCUCCCAAUACCCUGGGUCCCCAGGUGUCCCCCCCACCACCCUCCCAAGCUCUGUGGCUAAAUCCGUUGCACCACAAGUUUCAGUAGCUAAAGUCCUGGGGAGCUGCAGAAAGUGGCCACUCCCCAGCAUCUUGUUUUUAGCCGCAGUAGGCCAUAUCCACGUGCCGUGCCUCUCUCCCCUCUAAGAUCCCCAAAUGCAGCACUGUAGGAGAAGUGGUUAAAAUUACCAUUCCCAUAUCCACUAUCCUGGACGUCCUGUCCCAUCCCCCUCUCCCCCCCCGUCCUCCCCCCCACUGGAAGGCCCAACCCCUGAGUGCGGCACCCUGCUGUCCCCAGCCAUGCCUGUUGAGCUUCUCUCCCUUGAAUUCUCCUACCCUUCAGUCACGCCUUGGUGUCAGUCCAACUCACCAAUAGUGACUCUGUUUCUUGCAGUUGUAAUGCUCUGGUUCUUGGGUCCUAGAGGUUGUUCAUACCCCUGGUCUGGUUCUACUUGUCCUGUAAGCACCCUGUAACCUUAGAAUUGCUACAGAAAGAACUUCUGCUGCAACAGUGUGCCUAGCUUCAAUUAAUUCUUGGCCUGCUUCCCCAGUCUUCAAUGCUUGUUCCCUGCACCAGCAGUGUUUUUCCCCCGCCCCCGGCUACUCAUGGGACAAAAGGAUCCCCAGAGGAUUCCUCCUGUCCAUGCUGCCCACAGGAGCACAGAUGGGAGCCCCACUUUUUCCCCCUCUUGAUUGGGCCCAACAUGCAGGGAAAGAGGGAAACCUCCCCCCCUCGCCCCCCCGCCACUUCCUGAUCUCACCCUUCUAUUAUGCAGAGCCAGCUGGUUGCAAAUGAAGACGUUGCUGAUGCUGCCAGCCCAAUCCUGGUAAAGAGGGGCCUCCCCAUGGUUGCAUGGGGUAUAAAUACCCCACGAAACCUCACUUUUCCAGUCAGCAGAAAGAGUGAGCAUUAACCUUGACCUAACCUAGCUCCAAUGGCUUCCUGCCCUUCUGAUCUAUCCCUGUACACUUCCCCUUCUCCUUAUCUGCUGCAAUGGAGAGCUUACGUUGGCAGUGCCCUUUUUCACAAACUAGCUGGACGAAGACCCACUUGCAUAAAGAUUGCAGUGGACACAUGAGUUCUAACAUCUUCUCAGAAGUGAACAAAACUUGAGCGAACUUCAGAAAAUACUUUGCACUUAUGUAGCACUUUUCAUCCAAUGAUAUUAAACGACUUCACAAAGAUGGUGGAUAGGCAUUAUUUCCAUUUUAUAGAUGGGAAACUGAUGUACAGAGAGGUUGUAACUUGCCCAAAAUCACACAGCCAAUCUGUGGCAAAAUUAGGGCUAGAACCCAAGUCUCCUGACUCAUGGUUGUGUUCUAACCACUACUUCCCUCCUACUACAGAUAAGACAUGCUAGACCAUUCUGUUCAGAUUUACAGUGCCCAUUUUCUCUUCAACCUUUUUGUUCAUUUAACAAUCCGAACAUCUGUUAGUUCAUAUUUUCUCACGCAGGUUACAGGCUCUCCAGUACCGUGAGGUCCCUCUAGCACUGUAGUUUUUUUUUCUAUUUCUCUUUUGUAUAGUACAAAGAUAACGGCAAGUUAAUUUUGAAAUGUAUGGGAUUGUAUACAGAGAGACUGUACAAUUAAUACGGAAUAUAUGAGUUUUGAAUUACAAUCUUUCCUCGUAAAUGGUUCUGUUCCAGUGCUUUUUUAUGUAAAAUCCCACUUGCUGAAGCAUCAUAGUUUUAUCCAUGAAGGCUUUUCAAAGUUUGGAAACGGUCUUUUUCCCCCUUUCAUAAUUGUGUGGCACCAAUGUGAACUUAAGCUUGUUCCUCACAUGAUUUUGUAUUUAUUGAGCUGCCGGAUGCAGGUAAUAUGUAAGCAUGGUGUGAACAAAUUGUACGUUUCAAGCCAUUGUCGCCUUAUUUAAACUUUGCUCGGCUUUAAAUUUGAGGAUGCUACAUUUUUGUUGUAUUUCAAAGACCAAUCUUGAAACGCUGCACAUACUCUGUAUGUUACCAGGAGUAAUAAAGCUAUUUCAUGGUCUAGA